AUGAUUCGAAACUUCUCCAGCCUAACCCGCCUAGCGGCAAUCCCCAAAAAAACUAAACUACCGCCUCGGCCCUUGUGGCUUAUAAAGGAAGAAGAAAUCAAUGAGGAAUUCAUAAAAGGCGGACGCGGCCCCGGAGGCCAGAAGAUCAACAAAACCAACUCCAAGGUGCAACUCACCCAUAUUCCCACAGGGAAGGUCGUGACGUGUCAGUACUCCCGGUCACAGGAGAAGAACCGAAAAAGGGCCCGGGAGAUUCUAGCACUCUGGCUCGAGGAGCAGCAGGAUCCGGAAAACUGCAGAACGGCUGUGUUGGCGAAACGAGAGCGGAUGGUGAAGCAGAACAGGACGAAAAAGGCCAGAAGAAAGCACAAGAAGCUGGAAGAGGAAGAAGAGGAUGUUGCGGAGGAGUUUGAUCCCGAGGCCGAGCUUGACCGGUUACUAGAACAGGCGAGGAGUCUGGGCUGGAAGGAGAACAGCAUACGUUGA